AUGUGGGGCAAGGGUAAGGGAAAAAUCAAUAUUAACAGGGCCGAGGCCUACCAGCAGGGGGCAAGAUACCAGGAGACGGAGAAGGGAUCCAAGGAGGCACACCAUGCAAGCCCACCAAAUAACACGGCACUAUUCCAUCAUAACGCUUCGACAAUAAGCGUGCAAGCCCGUUUGCCAACAUGCACAAGUCAGGAGCAAAGAAAAGAAAAGAGAAAAAGAGAUGAAGAAGCCAAGAGCCUCAGGGGCUCACUGCAUAGAUAUUUUAGAAAAGAUUCAGAUGAUGCAGCAGGUGGUGAAGGCAGUGGGGCAGCUGAGCCAGGUUUACUGUGUGCAGCUGGAGACGAGACGGUCACACUGCAGGAAGUGGAAGGAACCACUAUAACUCUCCAUACUGGGAUAACUGGAAUUCAGAGUGAUGCUCAGAUUCUGUGGUUUUAUGGACCUGAGAAAGGAGAGGAAAAGAUAUUAAACAGUCAGGUGUUUAAUGGAAAAACUGUGACAGAAAUCAGUGAGAGAUUUAAAGAGCGACUGCAGCUGGACAGAACCAGUGGAGCUUUAACCAUCAGGAACAUCAGCAGAAACCUUUCUGGAGUUUAUUUAUUGCAAGUUCUUACUGGACGUGUCUCAUUUAGGACUUUCAGUGUUAGUGUUUAUGCUCCAGUAUCAGCUCCAGUAAUGAGAAUUCAAAGAGGAAUCCGAAGAGUGUCUUCUACAGAGCUGUGUUUCCUCCUGUGCUGUGUAGAGAAUGGAGAAGAUGUGAAGUUAUCCUGGUACAGAGAGAAUGAGAGAAUCUCCAUCACCAAUAACACAGAUCUCAGUGUUCCCCUCAAUCUCACACUUCAGAUACAACACCCAGAGAAUAACAGGAACUCUUAUAUCUGUGUGUCUGCAAACCCUGUCAGCAAUAAAACAACUUCUCUCAACAUCACACAGCUCUGUUAUUAUAACUCAGGCCAAACUGAUCGUUCCCGUUCACUGCUACCUGUCCUGAUAUCUACUGUUUUUUUCCUGUUAUUAAUAUCCAUACCUGUGUGGGUUUGGCUAAAGAGAAAACACAACAAGUUUUUGAAAAAACUUGGGGAACUGACUUACACUGAGGUGGAAUUUACAGCUCGCAGUGCAGAGAGAGUUAAAAAGGUAAACAUCUCAAUAAAACUGUUGAAAAUGAUCAUGAGGUUAAAUGUUUCAGUGGUUUUAGCAUUAAAGAAAAAUCACAUGACUUCCACAGGAGUGAUAAAAUCUCCCCCGAUUCAGAGACUGAAAUAUACUGUUGUCUCUGACAGGAAGAAGAUUCGAGAAUGUUUACUGUGUGCAGCUGGAGACGAGACGGUCACACUGCAGGAAGUGGAAGGAACCACUAUAACUCUCCAUACUGGGAUAACUGGAAUUCAGAGUGAUGCUCAGAUUCUGUGGUUUUAUGGACCUGAGAAAGCAGAGGAAAAGACACUGAUCAGUCAGGUGUUUAAUGGAAAAACUGUUACAGACAUCAGUGAGAGAUUUAAAGAGCGACUGCAGCUGGACAGAAUCAGUGGAGCUUUAACCAUCAGGAACAUCAGCAGAAACCUUUCUGGAGUUUAUUUAUUACACGUCAUCACUGAUCGUCUCUCAUCCAGGACUUUCAGUGUCAGUGUUUAUGGUUUACUGUGUGCAGCUGGAGACGAGACGGUCACACUGCAGGAAGUGGAAGGAACCACUAUAACUCUCCAUACUGGGAUAACUGGAAUUCAGAGUGAUGCUCAGAUUCUGUGGUUUUAUGGACCUGAGAAAGGAGAGGAAAAGAUACUGAUCAGUCAGGUGUUUAAAGGAGAAACUGUGACAGAAAUCAGUGAGAGAUUUAAAGAGCGACUGCAGCUGGACAGAAUCAGUGGAGCUUUAACCAUCAGGAACAUCAGCAGAAACCUUUCUGGAGUUUAUUUAUUACAAGUUCUUACUCCACGUCUCUCUUCAAGGACUUUCAGUAUCAGUGUUUAUGCUCCAGUAUCAGCUCCAGUAAUAAGAAAUCAAAGAGGAAACCGAAGCGUGUCUUCUACAGAGCCGUGUUUCCUCCUGUGCUCUGUGGAGAAUGGAGAAGAUGUGAAGUUAUCCUGGUACAGAGAGAAUGAGAGAAUCUCCAUCACCAGUAACACAGAUCUCCGUGUUCCCCUCAAUCUCACACUUCAGAUAGAACACACAGAGAAUAACAGGAACUCUUAUAUCUGUGUGUCUGCAAACCCUGCCAGCAAUAAAACAACUUCUCUCAACAUCGCGCAGCUCUGUUAUUAUAACUCAGUGAGAGCGGACAAGGACGCGAAGCUGAGCGACAAGCGCAAAGGUGGGAGACUCGCACUGUUUAUUAACACCAGAUGGUGCAACCCAGGACAAGUAAAUGUUAAGGUGAUCAUCUGCUGCCGGGACAUUGAACUGUUAGCGGUGGCGUGUGAAGUUACUCACUCCACCAUAGCAGCGCUGCAGACACAACACCCCGAGGCGUUCUUCGCGAUUUCUGGGGAUUUUAACCAUGUCACUCUGGACUCCACUCUCCCUGCCUUUCAUCAGUUUGUGGACUGCCCCACUAGGAAAAACAGGACCAUAGACCUAUUGUAUGUCAAUGUAAGGGACGCAUACAGGGCAAUCCCACUACCACCACUGGGAAGAUCUGACCAUAACCUGGUUGUCCUACAGCCUCAGUACAAGCCAAUGGAUCUGAGGCAGCCCAUCACCAUGCUUUCAUUCAGGGCCUGGUCUCCUAAGGCAGAGGAAACUCUUAAGGACUGCUUCGAGACGACUGACUGGAAUGUACUGUUAGACCCGCAUGAGGAGGACAUUGAGGAGUUGGUGGAGAGGUUUGUGGUUGGUUCUCAGUGUUCAGCUCUCUGUCUCACACACAGUUUACUGUGUGCAGCUGGAGACGAGACAGUCACACUGCAGGAAGUGGAAGGAACCACUAUAACUCUCCAUACUGGGAUAACUGGAAUCCAGAGUGAUGCUCAGAUUCAGUGGUUUUAUGGACCUGAGAAAGAAGAGAGAAAGACACUGAUCAGUCAGGUGUUUAAAGGAGAAACUGUGACAGAAAUCAGUGAGAGAUUUAAAGAGCGACUGCAGCUGGACAGAAUCAGUGGAGCUUUAACCAUCAGGAACAUCAGCAGAAACCUUUCUGAAGUUUAUUUAUUACACGUCAUCACUGAACAUCUCUCAUCUAGGACUUUCAGUGUCAGUGUUUAUGCUCCAGUAUCAGCUCCAGUAAUCAGAAAUCAAAGAGGAAACCGAAGCGUGUAUUCUACAGAGCCGUGUUUCCUCCUGUGCUCUGUGGAGAAUGGAGAAGAUGUGAAGUUAUCCUGGUACAGAGAGAAUGAGAGAAUCUCCUUCACCAAUAACACAGAUCUCAGUGUUCCCCUCAAUCUCACACUUCAGAUACAACACACAGAGAAUAACAGGAACUCUUAUAUCUGUGUGUCUGCAAACCCUGUCAGCAAUAAAACAACUUCUCUCAACAUCAUACAGCUCUGUUGUUAUAACUCAGGACAAACUGAUCAUUCCUGUUCACUGCUCCCUGUCCUGAUAUCUACUGGAGUUUUCCUGUUAUUAAUAUCCAUACCUGUGUGGGUUUGGCUAAAGAGAAAACACAACAAGUUUCUGAAAAAACUUGGGGAACUGACUUACACUGAGGUGGAAUUUACAGCUCGCAGUGCAGAGAGAGUUAAAAAGGAAGAAGAUUCGAGAAUAACGGAUGAUGAUCAAGAGCAGAAAACCUUCGUGCUGUAUUCAGUGAUGAAGAGACUCUCAUAAUUCAAUACAUCCGUCUUUUGUUUUGGUCACAAAUGAUCUCCGUAUUCUGGAAACCACUGAUAUGUUUACAUCAUGUACAUUCGGUUUAAUAGGAAUUAAAAUUUUCAUGAUGAUAUUAUAAGAAGUAGAUUCCACGGCACAGUGGUGUAGUGGUUAGCAUGGUCGCCUCACAGUAAGAAGGUUCCGGGUUCGAACCCAGCGGCCGGCGAGGGCCUUUCUGUGUGGAGUUUGCAUGUUCUCCCUGUGUCUGCGUGGGUUUCCUCCGGGUGCUCUGGUUUCCCCCACAGUCCAAAGACAUGCAGUUAGGUUGACGUAGGGCAGCCUUGGGCUGAGGUGCCCUUCAGCAAGGUACCUGACCCCUGACUGCUCCCCGGGCGCUUUGGUGUGGCUGCCCACUGCUCUGAGUGUGUGCGUGUUCACUGCUUCAGAUGGAUUAAAUGCAGAUGAUGAAUUUCAUUGUGCUUGAAGUGUGCAUGUGAUGAAUAAUAAAGGUUUCUUCUUCUUCCA